AUGCUGCCCACGCCCUUCUCGGUGAGGGACAUCCUCAGCCUGGAGGCGCCCGGGGGGCCCCGCGCCGCCCCCGCGGCCCGAGCCGCCCGCAGCCCCGCCGGGCAGGACGAGCCGCGGCCGCGAAAAUCUCUGCUCGACCCGAGCUUUGAGGCCGAGGAGAAGCCCGGGGAGCCCGGCCAGGCGCCCAGGCAGCGGCAGCGGCGGAAGCCGCGCGUUCUGUUCUCGCAGGCUCAGGUGCUGGAGCUGGAGCGGCGCUUCCAGCGGCAGAAAUACCUGUCCGGGCCCGAGCGGGAGCAGCUGGCGCGGCACCUGCAGCUCAGCCCCACGCAGGUGAAGAUCUGGUUCCAGAACCGGCGCUACAAGAGCAAGAGGCAGCGGCAGGAGCGGUGCCUGGCGCUGGCCGUGCCCGCGCUGCCCCCGCGCAGGGUGGCGGUGCCCGUGCUGGUGCGGGACGGCAAACCCUGCCUGGGGGGCUCCCGGCCCUUCCCGGCGCCCCACGGAAUUCCAGGCCCUUUUCCCUACAGCUCCUGCUACGGCGGCAGCACUCUCGGGGCGGGGUACGCGUACCCCGCGGUGUCCCCAGGUACCACCCCCGGCGGUGCCCAGCGCCAGCCCCCGGCUCCGCCAGCGGGAAUCAGCGCCGGGAGCUGGAGGUGA